AUGAAUAUUGGGAAAGCUUUCAGUACCUUUAACAACAGCAAUGGAACAGAUCUGGCUAUUGGCUUUACCUCUUCCACAGUAGCUGUCCUUCUAUUUGGAACAAACUUUGUGCCUGUUAAGAAAUUUGAUACUGGCGAUGGCAUGUUCUUCCAAUGGAUUCUCUGUGCCUCCAUAUGGAUAGUUUCUUUAGUGGUCAAUUUAAUCCAGAAUUGCCCCCGGUUUUGGCCUCUGGCGAUGGUUGGGGGUUUUGUGUGGGCUACAGGCAAUAUUACAGUUGUCCCUAUUGUCAAAACUAUUGGCUUAGCUCUUGGUCUUUUGAUAUGGGCUUCUUUUAAUUUGCUGACAGGUUGGGCAAGUUCACGGUUCGGUUGGUUUGGAAUUGACCCAGAAGAGGUAUCAAGACCAAUCUUAAAUUCUGUUGGAGCAGGACUUUCACUACUAAGUGCUGUCAUAUUUCUUUUUAUAAAAACUGAAAUCCAGAGUCCUUCAGCUUCACUAGAAAACACACCUUUACUGAGAGAAAGUUCUAUUAAUGUUUCUGAAGAUACUUCUGAUGACUCAUGGGUGAACAGGCUUUCUCCAGCAAAAAAGAGGCUCUUAGGAUGCAGCCUGGCUGUAGUAGCUGGAAUACUCUACGGUUCCAGUUUUGUACCAGUACUUUACAUCAAGGACCAUGGAAGACGAAAUGAAACUAUAUACACAGGAGCAAGUCAAUUUGAUUUGGAUUAUGUUUUUGCACACUUCAGUGGAAUAUUUCUUACAAGUACCAUCUACUUUUUUAUCUACUGUGCAGUCAGGAAAAAUAAACCUAAUGUUUAUCCACAAGCCAUAUUGCCAGGGUUUGUUUCUGGUGUGCUUUGGGCAAUAGCCAAUUGCUGCUGGUUCAUAGCCAAUCAUUAUCUCAGUGCUGUGGUCAGCUUUCCAAUCAUUACUGCUGGUCCUGGCCUUAUUGCUGCAAUGUGGGGAGUCCUUGUGUUUAAAGAAAUAAAGGGACUGAAAAACUAUGUGUUACUCUCAGUAGCAUUUUGCAUCAUUCUUGCUGGAUCUCUCUCCACCGCUUUUUCUAAAGUUUGAAAGGAUCUUCUGGACCAGUAGAUGGUGCUACUGUGUUAAUAUAAUCAGAAAUACAUACAUUUCAAAAUGUAUGUCCAACAUUUACCCUAACUUGCUUCGGACAAGUGAAAAGGAAAACCUUUGCUAAAUGUUCACAUUUGGCAUGAAGGAAAACUGGAAAUGUUUCU